AACAACCUAAACCCAGCCUAAAGUGUUCCACUUCAUCAUUUGCCACAGGGCCCGAGUCGCCACUCAAGAGUACCUCUACCUUGAUGGUUUUUCUCUUCUUGACUUUUUACACAAACUUUCCUGAAGCUGAAAUACCCAGUCAACACGGUGUUUGCCCAGACUUCCCCACCUGCAACAGCUUUAGGGCUGGCGGAGGAAAAGAGAAACUCUCUACCCAGAAGAGUUUGCUAUAGGACCUAAGGAGCAGAGAAAGUGUCAUGGGGGGCAGACAGUCCAGUGAGAUCUUCAAGAACAAGGAAUCCAAGGGAAUAUUGUUCCUAAAGAACAGGCAGAAGUUUUCUCAAUGGGAUGACGUCCUUCUGGGAAAGGACCCAAGGUCGUUGCUGAAGCGCGGCAUGAACCAUAUCAGCUUCAGUUUGGUCACUAAAGGAAUGACUGACAUUCCCGACUUUCUUUGGGGACUGACCGAGGUCCAGAAGCUCAACUUUUCCCAUAAUCAGCUCAAGGCGGUCCCCUCAGAGAUGGGGAGAAUGACGAGGAUUGUGGUGCUGAAUCUGUGUGGGAAUCGCAUAAAGAGCCUGCCCAAGGAAAUCGGGCAGCUCAAGAACUUAAAGGUCCUGUUUCUGAACAUGAAUUGCCUGACAGAGAUGCCGUCUGAGCUGAACCACUGUAAGAACCUGGAAGUUUUGAGUUUGUCCCACAACUUCAUCACCCACCUCCCCUGUAUCUACUCGGAACUUUCCAAAUUGAGGAAAGUGAAUCUGAGCAACAACCACUUGGCUCACAUCCCCAUCUUUGUGUUCUCGCUGAAGGACUUAGAUUUCCUUCACGUGGGUUCCAACAGGCUGGAAAAUAUUGCCGAGAGCAUCCAGAGCCUGGCAAACUUACAGAUUUUCAUCGCGGAGAACAACAACAUCCAUUCCUUCCCAAGGUCUCUCUGCUUGGUUACAACCCUUGAGCUGCUCAACUUGAACAACAAUGAUAUCCAGACGCUUCCUGAUGAACUGUACCAGCUCAAUCGAUUGACCAGGAUCGCCUGGAAUCCCAUGGACAAAGGACUGCAUAUUUCUCAAAACCCUCUCACCAAGCCUUUGCCAGAUCUGGUGGAGGGGGGACUAGACGUGCUUUUCAGCUAUCUGAAGGACAAAAAGCAUGGGUGAUUUGUACAGAUGAAACGUGGCUAUGGACCCCUCAUCCACACUCGUUCCCACUGGUGCACUUUCCUGGUCUUCCUUUCUAGGGUUUGCAAAUGCUUUUAUUUCAGACUUGCUGAAUAAUCAUCGAAUGUGAGUGAACUGUUCUACGGGGAUCAUUUAUUUUAGAUUUGUGCUGAUCACUGCUUUUGUUUCUCAUAACCUCUGUAAGGUACUUAGAACUCUUUUUGCCUCUACAGUUUAAAUCACCUUUGUUUUUCCUCUCGAAGGAAAUCAAGUGAUUUCUUCCUAAAAAUCAGUUUGUAGACUGGAAAUCUAGAGAGAAGGCUUCAGUUUACCUCUGAAAGGUAGACCUUCUUGCUUUUUGAGCCUCAGUUUUUCCAUGAAAGGUAGAUUGGGACCAGGAUAGAUCUGAUGCUGGCCUGUUCUCACCAGAAUGUAUCACUGACCAAAUCAGGCAAACUAGCUGCUGACUUUUAAAAGCAGUCCUAAAGUCUAUGUUGGCAUGGCAACAUUUGAUAAGCUGUAAUACAAUAUGGUUACUUACUCAUGUUAGUGGAAGGGAGAGAGGUGAAAUGUAGCUCCUAGAGAAUAUAACGAAUCCAUUUUAAUGAAAAAGUUCAACCUAGUUUCUCCUUCCACACCCCCAAACUUCUAGAAACAAAUUCUAACCAUCAACCAAAUUGCCUCAUUCUGCUAUUAUCAGGAUAGGAGGAAGAGCCACUUCCUCCAAGAGGCAUUUCCUGAUUCCCUUAGGUAGUUAGUGACUUCCUUCAAAUUACUUUGAAUGUAUUUUGUUACAUAUUUUGUGUCUAUGUGUGUACAUGAUUUAGUUGCCCUAUUCACCCCACUCUCUUGUAGAAUAUAAGCUUUCUGUGGGCAGAAACUAUGCUAUUUUCUGAUGUUUAUAUUCCCAGUGCCUUGCAUAGUGCCUGCUCAUAGUAGAUGUUUAAUAAAUGUUUAUUGAAUGGAAUUGAAUAAUUCAACAAGAGAAUAAAUAUUCCCUUUCUAAUUGAGAGGUAGCUGUAUUUUCCACCUGCCUUUCAUGGAUGGGUGUUUUAAAAACAAGAAGAUUGCAUUUGUAAAGCAUUCUGAAGGCACUGCAAAAAAAUGUGAUGGACUUCUAUUGUAGAAGAAAACAGCUGUCAGUUGAUCAAGGACACAGGGAUAAGCAGCUCCACUGUUCUUAUCAGAGAAGCCAAUGGAGUCUAAAGCUCAGCUGUCAGUCAGGGACACCUAAAAUAUUAAUGUUUCAUCUUCCAGGAGUUAAAUACCUAGAAGAAAAACAGUUAAUGAGAAAAGGACUGUAUCUUUGGAUCAACAAAAGCCCAGUUAUACUAGAUGGUUGACUAUUGGUCAAUAAUUGGACCCUAUUAAUAUUAGGACUUGUGCCAGUAUUGCCUCUCUUCUUCUAACUCUCUCUUUGCUUCAGGUGAUGGCAGAUUCUUUCAAAGCCUCCACACAGGUAUUUGUGAAAUGGUUGUAGCAGUAAAAGUGUUUUAGCUUUAAGAAUGUAAGAGCUGGGGCAGCUAGGUGGCUCAGUGGAAAGAGAGCCAUGCCUGGAGAACGGGUGGUCCUGGAUUCAAAUCUG